GAAGGUCCAUGUUUCGAACCCGACUCUUUCCGUCCGUCAAGGGACAACCUGACAGUAUCCCAGCCCUCGUACUUCGUUUAAUUGGCAUGGCAGUUAUGCACCGGAAGAAAGUUACAGCUGAACGAAUAUUAUUUAUUAUUUACCCUGAUCUGCCGGGUCAAGUUUACGAAGCAAAACCGGGACUUUCCAUUUACCGUCUUGAGAGGCUAGGUCUACUCCGACCUCCUGGUCCCGCUAUGCUAGAAAGCAACGGCUGCUCAAACGCCUAUCUCCCAUUUCGGAUGCCAAAACCAGGAGCCAACUUUGUAUCCCCCCUGCAGAAAGCAGUCGGGUAUGAUUUCAAAUCAGGGGAACUAUCUCCAUGGUUAGACCAGUGCUACGAGGUGCUUGUGUCAUCAACGUACCCAGACCUAAGUUUGUCGUUGCCCAUUGAUGGUGGUUCGGAUGCCGGAAUGUUCUGCGUCAUUGGUAGCCAACUAGAUCUUACUCGUCUAACAUUUCAUUCAAUCAUCCCGUCUUCCUCUCACUACAAAGCCAGGCAAGCCGUCAACCCAGGUGAUAUAAUUUUGGCAUUCGAUAACUAUGAGAUAUCUGGCUACACUCGUCGGGAUGCGAUCGAAUUGUGUGAUAAAUUAUCACGAUCUACCAAUCCAUCCAACCAAAUGGAUGUCUCAAGACCACGUUUGAAAAUUCGGCUUAGUCCACCACAAGCCCUAGCAACAGGAAGUACUAUGUUGUCAAGUUUCCUCGGGGCUGCAUUUCCACUCAACUCAGCGGAAUAUUCACUGCAGGAAAGGAUCCGGGAAAAUGUCUAUCAGCGUGUUGUCCCUUGUACGACGCGUUUGCCGAGGGCUGAAGAGGUUGAUGGAGUUCAUUAUCGGUUUAUGAGUGUACCACAAUUUCUCGCUUUGGAGCGUAGUGGACAGCUGCUUGAGAGUGGAAUGUAUAAUGGCAACCACUAUGGCACGCCCAGACCAGAACCAAGUGCAACGGCACUAGACACUGUCUUAUUGAGUCAGCUCUCUCUGUCUACUUCCUCAAGCGUUCACCAGGCGGACGACUCUUGUCCAAUCCCACCACCGUUGCCACCACUGGCCUCUUUAACCAACGUUGUAGCGAAUGCCUCUACUCCCUUUGUAACGUCUUUCCCAACCCAGCAUCCAACACCUCCGCGACCCCCAACACGACACUCUUCGAUUAGCAACCAGAGCAGCAAGGAUAACAUGAUGCUUUCAAGCAACCCUCAUGCGUUGGGCGAAAAACUUGAGCCAUCCAACGAAGGGACUAGUGACCGUAUUGAGCCAACCGAUUCGGUUACUCGAAACCCGCGAUGGAACCAAAUGAAUGGGAAUGGAAGUAAUAGCUACCUUUUGGACUGUGAUAUUGCUGAUGGGCAUUGGAAGAAUCCGGGGGUUUAUGUUGGGCUGGUUACAGAUGUCCCGAAGAAGGAUGAUUCCCAAAAGCCAUCGGAUUUAUGGAAUACAUUGCCUGUUCCCAACAGACCAUUACCCUAUGGUUGGGAAGUUGUUCGUGAUCAGAAGUACGGAACAUUUUACAUCGAUCAUCUCCAUGAAAGGACCCAAUAUGAGUCGCCCACGGAAGAAGAUUAUGCAUUAGCGGAGGCUAUUAAGGCAAAUCACAGCUCUUCAUUCAAUUCUGCCGAAUUACAAACAUCCACCGCGGCUGCUGUUCCGUUCACAUCAGUGUGUAGUGUCCGCCAACCACAGCGGUCUUCUGCUGCUGCUACUUCACACUCCGAUAACCACCGGGUUCCGCCGACUGUAUUUACCACAGAUCCAAACCAAUUGCCUGGCCCGUUGUUCACCGCCUCACUGGUAAAGAGCCCUCGGGGCUUCGGAUUCACGAUUGUCGGUGGAACGGAUUGUAGUCGACCAGGCUUCCUCCAGAUCAAACACCUGAUACCCGGUGGUCCCGCAUUUCUGAACGGUAAUCUUACUGUUGGGGACACCUUGGUCACAGUCAAUUCGAUCAACGUUUUGGGAUUCACUCACUCUGAGCUAGUAGCUCUGUUCCAAUCAAUCCCGGUCGGGGCAACGAUCCAACUGGUCGUAUCCCAAGCUUUUUGUCUUGCCGAUGAACUGUGUGCUUCACCUAUCGUGAAUGGAUCUGUAAAGGUGACCGAGUCGUGCGCAGCCAAUGAAAUGGAUGUUCCGGCUACAGUCUCCGUACACACGGCCACCUCGCUUGAAGGCUCGGUGCGUAGUGGGUCGUCGCAAACUUCGAACACCGCCUCUCCCCAGUCAUCCAUUUCACCUUCGUCUUCUGCAAUUGGAACUAAACCGUACUACGAAAGCCCGCCCACUUCAACUUUGGCCGCAGCGCAAUCACCCCGUGUUCGGCUUCAAAGACCGGAGUUUCUGAAGGUGGCGAUUUUCAAACAACCAAAUGGCUUCGGUUUUACUCUGGCAGACCAUCCCCAAGGGCAGCACGUCAAAGCUAUUCUAGAUCCAGUUCGCUGCGGGUGUCUAAAAGUUGGGGAUGUCAUUGUCGAGAUCAACGACCAGCGCGUAAAAGAAGUACCUCACGCUGAAGUGGUGCAAUUAUUAAAACAGUGUCCGGUCGGAAAGGAAGCUCGCUUGCUCAUACAGCGAGGAGGACUGUAUACAUCACCAUUAUCACUAGUUACUUCUGACCGAGACGUUUCGGGACUAUCCAUCAUGGGCUCAAAGACUGAUUCCGAUGUCAUAGAUCUGAGAACUUCCCGAAGUUUGCAUCCAGAAAGUGAACCCGGUGUAAAACCAAUCUACGGUGUGCCACAGGCACGAUCUCGAACCUCGAAUCACUUUCGCACCGUAUCCGGUGGAUUGGUGGAUUUAAGUCAAAGUUCGGAAGAAUCCUCUCAGAAAACCCGAUCCCAGACACCUGAUCCACAAAUGGGGAAGCAAUUUAGUUGUGAUCAGGUCACCUACAUGGAACUCGCUUAUCCACGAACGUCAUCGCACAUGUUGAAACCAUCUUUAACUGGAUCAGAUGGUACCCACCGAAUACAACCGUCGGACGACAGUGUUCUAGGAAUGGAGAAGUCGGCAGCUGUUACGGGUUCUCCAGAUUCCUCCACGCAGUAUGGCUCUUUACUGCGACUUGGUAAGAUGCAUCGAAUACGUCAGUCCAAUGUACCCACUGGCAGAAACGGUCAGCUUCCUGGUCAGUCAUGUGGUGUCCUCCGAACCUCGUUCAUCAUGCUUCCGGGAGAAUUUUUCGUUCAUCUUCAACGUCAAUCCACUGGUUUUGGUUUCAACAUUGUGGGUGGGGCAGAAGAGAAUUCCCAGGUAGUUGUCGGUUCUCUUGUGCUUGGUGGCGCAGCCCAAAUGAGUGGUAUCGUGCGAACCGGUGACAAAAUCGUUUCAGUGAAUGGGACCCGGGUAAUUGGGGCCAAACAUCGCGAAGUAGUCCAGAUGCUGGAACAGGCGGCACAUACUGUUGGGCAAGUAACGCUGGGACUACAACGAUCGGUAGUUGUCGGUUCUCUUGUGCUUGGUGGCGCAGCCCAAAUGAGUGGUAUCGUGCGAACCGGUGACAAAAUCGUUUCAGUGAAUGGGACCCGGGUAAUUGGGGCCAAACAUCGCGAAGUAGUCCAGAUGCUGGAACAGGCGGCACAUACUGUUGGGCAAGUAACGCUGGGACUACAACGAUCGACGGAACCCCCUGUGGACGGAGAACACAUGUAUUCAUGUGGUGAUGACUGCGAUGCUGUUGAGGUUGUCGUUCCUCGAAGCCAUAAAGAUGAUGGCUUUGGUUUCUUCAUCAGCAAUGCACGCCCUAGGGAAUUUUCUCAUGAAAAAGCAGGAGCAACGCCUUCUGGUACAACCAAAGUUGAUGGUGAAUACAUAGCUCAACUAGUUCCCGGAAGCAAAGCCGAACGUUUGGGUUUACUUUCUGUUGGUGACCAGAUCUUGGCCGUCAAUCGCGUUCCAAUCUUCGGACUGCAUCAUGAACAAGUUGUUCGGCUGAUCCGUGAAAGUGGUAGCCACAUUGUCUUGACCAUAAUUCCGUCACCUGGUAACCCUGAUCCAAUCAGUGGUUGGCGCAAGAUACAUGCACUUUUGAACUUUACUACUCCUGGUCGUCUCACUCUCUUGUUGAUCAUAGCUUCGUCUUGGGUCACAAAGUCAUGCACACGAUCCAACUUGGGCACUCACCCUCUCGAAUUCCCAGUCACAUUAUUCCGUGGAGGUAAUGGGUUCGGAUUCUCCAUCCGCGGUGGUCAGGAGUUCAACCGAAUGCCACUUGUAGUUCUACGGAUUGCAGAUGGUGGUGCUGCCAAAAUGGAUGGGCGAUUGCAGGUUGGUGAUGAGCUUGUGCAAAUCAAUGGCUGCUCUACGGUUGGUAUGUCUCACGGUCGUGCGAUCGAAAUCAUUCAAGCUGGCGGAAACACGAUGCAUCUCGUUGUGAGAAGACACGUGUCCGGUGGGAAGUCGAGAGAACCACUGACAGCCAAGCCACAUCAGCGUCAGGGGAGCUAUAUCCGAGGGGGAAUAGGAUAUCAAGCUUCGUGUGUUAACGUGGGAAAUACCUAAGCCUGUUGGCUACCUCAGUCGACAAGAAAAGAAAUCGCUACAGUAUACCAACAGCUAAUUUCGCUUCCAAAUCCCAUAUAUCAUCUUGCAAAGCUCCGAUGAAUAAAGCGCAAACGCCUAACCUCAGUGGAUUAAACUGGGUGGUGGGAUUAGCCCGCAAACACCUGGUAGACAAGGCCCAUCUCGUGAACAGUUAGCCAUUUAUAUGAUCAAUCUUAAUGUGCCGCUCAUGGAUUCCCAGACAAUAAUGGUUGGACAAAUGCUAUUUUCUUACGCUGUGAAUUUCCUCGUUAUUUUUACACCAUCCACUCCCUUCUAUUCGCUUCUGAUAAUGAGCAUUGACUUCCUCCAAUACCUUUUUGUUUCCUCUAUAUAUCCUCUCAUUACUUUGCUUCCUGCCUGAUCUGAAUUUCUCAGGAGAUACUGAUAAAUAAGCUUGUAGUAAUGAAAAUGAUGACGCUUUUUUCUAUAUCUAUGCCUUAGGCUACAGCUUAUUGCUGUGACUUGGUCUC